AUGGCAUUUGGUAGUGGACGCAGUAGUAUGAGCUGCGGUAUAAGAUUAAUUCAAAUUAUUAUGGUGGUAUUCAAUGUUUUAUUUUUUUUGGUUGGAGCAGCUCUGCUUGCUCUCGGAAUUUAUGUAAUGGUCGAUCCAAAGUUCCAGAAAAUAAAAGCUUUGCUACCUAUCAAUACCAACAAUUCCUAUCUUGAUCAAGGUUUCUCUUACAUUACAAUGAUUGCCAUAGUAGUUGUGGUUCUUGGUUCGAUUUUGUUCAUUCUUGGUUUUUGUGGAUGUUGCGGUGCAAUGAGACGAUCGAUAUGUCUGCUCACAGUGUAUUCAAUUCUUGUUGGAAUAAUUAUAAUCGUUGAAGUAGCAUUAACUAUCUACAUCGUUUCAUUUCAAUCAAAAUUCAAAGAACAAUUUGUUCCAAAACUACAAGAAUCAAUUUCAAAAGGUUAUCAAGGUCCUCCAAUUAAAGAGAAUGAACCUGGUGCGGUUAGUUUAGCAUGGGAUUUUAUUAUGUACAAUUUGAAAUGUUGCGGUGCUCACAAUUCAACAGACUUUAGAAAUACACCUAAGUGGAACAAAAUAAAUCCAUGGAUCCCAGAACAAUCCUUCAAGUAUCCACUGACAUGCUGUCCGAUGGGAAACGCCUGGACACAAGACUGGACCACAUUGUCCGAAGAAACACUUAUGAAAGCACAACAAUGUGCUGUGGAUGGAACGGAUGUUUAUCAAACUGGUUGUUAUGAUAAACUACUAGACAUAAUUGUCUCUCACAAAUUGUACAUUAUUAUUGGAGCAGUUGCUGUUCUUGUCAUAGAAGUGAGUUAA